UUUGUUUGUUCAGGAAGUUAAUAGUUAAUAAUCAAAAGGGUUGCUCUAACACAGAAAAAAUGAGUUUAACACUUUACAGAAUAGCACAAUGGUGUGGAAUGGUAAAAACAGAAGUGCAAAUACCCACAAUGCUUUGCAUUAACAGGCAAUUAAAACUACUAAGCAAGAUACUAAAUGUUGAACAGAACACAUGCUGGGUUAAAAAAUGACCCAAUGCUGAAUUGUUACUGAAACCAUAUGUUAUAAUAACCAGCAAUUGACCAGAGUGAUCUGUUCAAUAUUUACCCAACUUGGGUUAAAAAUAACCCAGCCCUUUUUAGAGUGUAGGCUACCUUACUUUAUCAUUGCUGAUAUAUUUAUGCUUAGUCACCAUGAAGCAUGUAGUUAACCUCUGUCACCAUAACAUAUUGUGGUCUCCUAUAUAACGCUGUAUCCAGAAGUAAAAGACUAAACAUGGCCACAUUAAAGUCAUGCAGUGCUCUGGUCACAGGAGCUAACCGGGGAUUGGGUUUGGAAAUUGUUAAGCAACUUCUUGAAGGCCAUUGCUUUAAAAUAUUUGCUGGAUGUCGGGACCCAGACGGGCCAAAUUCUGAGUCACUGAGAGAACUGGCCAGUAAACAUCCGAGUAUUGUCACUCUUGUGCGCAUUGAUGUCGCUGAUCCACGCAGUAUCAAAGAGUCCGCCGAGAAAGUGUCGUCUUUACUGGGGAAUAGCGGCUUAAAUCUGCUGGUGAAUAAUGCAGCCGUACUGCCACAAAAAAGCAUGCUGACCGCCACAGUGAAGGACAUGCAGGACACCUUCAACACCAAUGUCAUAGGACCUAUGUUAGUCAUUAGGGAGUACUUGCCAUACCUGCGUGCAGCAGCUAAAGCCAGUGCUAAAGCAGGGUUGUCAUGUGAUAAAGCAGCUAUAGUCAACAUCUCAACAGAUUCAGCCUCUAUGAGCAUCGUGCCAACCAUGCAGGCACCAUUUCCACUCUUCCCUUACAGCAUCAGCAAGGCAGGUCUCAACAUGUUAACAGUGUGUUCGGCUAUGGAGUUGAAAGAAGAUGAGAUCCUCUGCGUUUCCAUUCAUCCUGGAUGGGUGAAGACAGACAUGGGGGGAGAUAAGGCACCUCUUACAUCUAGAGAAAGUGUGGAGGGGAUUCUGCGUGUCAUGAGCGGUCUCACUGACAAACAGAAUGGUGGAUUUAUGGACUACACUGGAAAAAUAAUGCCCUGGUAAAGCCAAAUGACAAAGACACAUCUGGAAGGUCAAUAAAGGGCUGCUUCAGUUUCACAGACAGGAUUACAUUUACUAUUUAAUUCUCAUUACUCUGAUUUGAUGUUUUGUAACAUUGAUCACACUUAGAAAAUGUAUACAUUGAGUGCACUGCAUUGAGUCACAUCAGAAUAAUGAGAAUUAAAUGGUAAACCCUCUAACUACAUCUGACAUGUUUUCUUGUAAAAUAUCAAUUUUUAUCAGGCUCUUAUGUGUAAAGCUUAAACAUAAAAUAAACAUAAAUAUGUUUAUUUUGGUAUUUUAUCUGAGGAAAAUAUUAUUAUCAAUGGAGUACCUCAGGGAAGUGUUUUAGGCCCCCUUCUAUUUCUUUUGUACAUACAGUAAAUUAUAUGAAUUAAUUAUUAAUCCUUUAAUAGAUUAACGUAAUAUGUAUGCCAUGGUUAGGUUAUUUAAAAAUAACUAUUAGGAAACGCUCUGUACAAGUGAUUUUUAGGUUAAAAAUAACCACCAUACAAUGUUAUCGGAACUUCAUUUUAUGGUUGCAAAAAAUAAAACCUUAAAUUUACAGUC